AUGAGCAUUCCCCUCCGCCGACUAUCACCGCACAUCAUCAAAGUGAAGCCGCGGCGCCUUAGCGAGUUCCGCAGCUCAUGGGAGAUGGUCGCCGCAAUGCUCUGCGCGAUACUUGCGCACGAAGGAUACUACAAAGCGGGUAUCCUCCACGGGAAUGUAUCCGAGGAUAACAUCAAGAUUCUCGAAGGGAAGGCUGAAGAUGGAGGAGAGAAUGUCGUGUUUGGCGUGCUGCUGGACAUCGAUCGCUCAGACGACUGCAAGCCGUUCAGGCGCACCGACAAGCUACCCGCGAAGAGCACUUACAAUGAAGAGGAGGAGGUCGAUUGA